UGUGAUUUACUACGAUGAGUGGAUUCAGUUCAGCUUUAAAAUUGACUGAUUUGAAUGAUUUUAUACAGCCAUCACAGGUUAGUAUUUGUCAUUAAAGCCAUUAUAAUUUUAUCAUCAUGUCUGACCUGAACGUAACGCAAUCAAUCAAUAACACUGAUAAUAAUAAUGGUAGUGAAAGAGGACAGCAAGGCGAAGAUGAUGACUUUGAUUUCUAUUAUGAUUAUGCAAAAGCAGCACAAUUGGAUCGUUCGGGCUGUUGGACCGAACAGAAUUGGCAAGAAGAAAUGGAGAAACAUCCACUGUUUGCAACAAAAGCUCCGGAACCAGGCCAUGAACAUUCCGAAUUGAUCGAUGCAUUUAAUCAGCUAAAAUAUGAUCCACAAUUUAAUUCAAUUGAAGAAUUAAUGGAUAGUUAUCGUCAAGAUGGUAAUGAAAAUUUUCGCCAUAAAAAAUAUCGCUGGGCAGUUGAUUCAUAUUCCGAAGGUAUUCGUUUAGCUCGUGAUCAUUUGUCCAAGAAUCAAUCAGUCGAGAACAUGCCGACAAGUAAAUUCAAUGAGUCAUUAUCCGUUUUGUACAAUAAUCGAGCAUCGGCUCAUUUUCAUCUUGGUAACUAUAAAAGUUCAAUGCAAGAUGCAACUAGAGCAAUGUUUUUGAAUUCGCAAAAUAUAAAGGCUAAAAUCCGAUUCGCUCAAUGUUGUUUUGAAAUGAAACGAUUCGAAAAAUGUAUCAUUUUCUGCAGCAAAGAACUGAACCAAUCAAAUGAAUUGAAUGAAAAAUUUCAAGAAAAAUUUCGCCAAGAAAUGCGAAUACUUUUAGAACAAGCAGAAAAAAAUUUCAAAAUACAAAAUCGAGAUGAACGUAAAAUGGUCAAAAAUGAACAAAAACGUUUGUCUGAACAGAAACGGAUUGAACAAGCUGUUGAAGAACGUGGAAUAAAAUAUCAAGCGUCAUUAUUUGAAACAGAUCAUCCUGCUGUACGAGGAUGUUUCGUACAGUUUGACGAUACACACCAAACGCAAACACUAAUCUGGCCGGUUGUGUUUAUUUAUCCGGAUGUUGGUCAAACUGAUUUCAUUAAGAAAUUCUAUGAAAACAGUACAUUUACACAAUAUAUUGAAAUGAUGUUCGAAAUAACACCCGAAUGGGAUCAAAAAGGUCAAUAUCGAUCUGAACGAAUACGAUGUUAUUAUCAAUCAUGUCAAACCUAUACGGUCGAUGGUGAAAAACGUAUAGCACAAGAAAUUGAAUUGACCGAAUUCGAUAAAAGUUUGACUUUGUUACAGGUGCUUCAAUUCGAUGACUAUAUCGUUCAGAAUGCAGUUCCAAUGUUUUUCUUGAAAAUUUAACCAUUUUUUUGUACGUUUAUGUAUCCCUUUGAAUCUUGAAUAAAAUUUUUUGCUUUA